AUGAGCGCAAUCCGCUCCUCGUCAUCAGCCCUCCUCCUCCUCGGAGGCGUCGCAACCCUACCCGGCGCCGCUACAGUCCGAAGCCAGUUCCCGCAGCGGAGCAGCACCACACUCUCCACUACCACGGCAGAGCAGGCCGAGUUGGGGUACAUGCAGCAACCACUCGGCCCCGCCAGCAGCCGAACCACGACCCACACUGCCGGGAACGCGAAGCGUAGCGGCGGCGGUGCUUCAGGUCUUGGAUGGCAAGCUACACAAGCGUUAUGGCUGCCCCGGACGGCGGCGCAGGUUGUCACCAUGUCUACGACGACGAUUCAGGCGGCACCAUUAUCGCCAAGCGUGAGAGAUAGAGGUGCCGCGGCUGGCUUCCGGUAUAAGUCUGCCGAGGAGGUUGUGGCGGUUGUUCUUGGAAGAAAUCAGCAGUAUCAGAAGUACUCAUUCUCGCGGCCUGUGAGGAGAGAUUAA